AUGGCUGCUCCAUCCAUACCGAAUCUCCUUUCCCUGAGGGGCAGCGGUCGCGGCGGAGGCCGUGGAGGCAGGGGAAGACGCCAGGCUGGUCCAUCGGCCUCAUCCACGGGAGUAUCUCCAGAUGCCACUAUUCAGGGCACAGAUACCGAUGCGGCUGUGUCACGGCUGAGUGCCGUCGAACUGGGCUACCUGGAAGAUCCCUAUGCGCGGUUCUUCGUAACCGGGCCCCCGACAAGACGGCUGCCCAUUAUCAAUCGAGGCACCUAUAUGCGAACCAAGUCCCUAGAUGCCAUGGUAGACGCCUUCCUCUCACACAACGGGCCGUCACUGAAGCAAGUGAUAUCUCUUGGCGCUGGAACAGACACAAGACCACUGCACAUGCUGCAAAAGCCUGGUGCCCAAAAUCUCAUUUAUCACGAAGUGGACUUUGAACCUACAUGCCGGCGCAAGUUGGCCAUCACCCAAUCAUCACCCGGACUACGUCGCAUAUUCAAUGACCUGAGCAUUCACGACGGCGGAUCAUGGAGCGCCGAGCCUUCAAAGGGCGGCGAGUAUCACUGCCACGCAUUAGAUCUACGCAGCAUAUCCGAGUCCAUCACAGAGCUGCCGUCCCACAUUCGCAGCGACGUCCCAACCCUGCUCUUGUCUGAAUGCUGCCUCUGCUAUCUAACGCAGCAAGACUCUGAAAAUGUUUUAAACUUUUUCAGCUCCAGGAUUCAUAGCCUCGCGGCAUUGUUGUAUGAACCGAUGCCGUUGCAUGACGCAUUUGGCGACAUGAUGGUUUCUAAUCUCAAAGCUCGACACAUUUACAUGCCUUCUCUGCAGACAUAUAAAGACCAGCAAGGGCAACUGGCAAGGCUGCGGCACUCGGGAUUCGACAGUGUUGGGUAUGCCACGAUUGAAAAUACGUGGGAUAAGUGGGUUGAUGAGAAGGAGAGGGAGAGAGUAGAUCGUUUAGAGGGGCUGGACGAAGUCGAAGAAUGGAAGCUCCUGGCGGCACAUUAUGUGGUGGUCUGGGGAGCUAGGGGUGCUACAUUUGGUCCCUUGGCCGAUAGGAAUCAAUCCGCAGAAAUUCAAGGUCAAAAAUGA